UCACGUGCUUUAGUGCAUUUUCUUUGUGCGUGCUGCCACAUAUGGAGUGUUUUUUUAAUAAGAUAAGCAAUUAUAUUAAUACAGUGUGGCCGUAUCAACAGACAAGAUCUAAGGAGAUGUUCCAACGAAAAACGUAUCUACUUUCGCUGUCGGCGAUCGUGCUGCUAGUGCUAGGUGGUUUAGACUGGUGCAUUCGACAUGCCACUGAAAGGGUGUGGGAAUCGAGCCUUACCAUAACGAUACUUGCAUCAUUCCCUAGUACGCUGAACAGGAUGUGCUUUACCGCCGUUCAAACCUAUCUGUUUAUGUUGCUACUUUGUAAAAUAUUGCCCUUUGUAACAGGAAUCAAGCUGAGCAAGUUUACCCUUUCCCACUCGGAUGGCAACGUACUAAGGCUCACAUUCGAUACGAUAGCCUACAAAAAACGGACAGUGUUGGUCACUAUUCGUAAGUUGACCGUGUCGUUGGUCCUCAAACCGAGGUAUUCGUAUUGGAUAACGAUUGCUGUCACCGAUCCGUCGAUCGAGCAGUCUGCUGAAUAUGUGCUAUCCGCCACCACGCCGCAAAAACGGACCCGCAACCAAUUCAACAUGUCGUACGUGAUGAAGAAGCUUUGCAAUUACAAAAACGGUGGAUUGUUGCAGCUUUUACUACAAUCGGUGAGGAUUAUCAUCACCAACGGCAAACUGCGAGUAGUAGAGUGCAAAACACGGUAUGUUAUCGUGGACACUCACAUUAAUGAGAUUAGCUUGAGUUCCACCGAGCUACAGGUAAAGGGAAUCUUGGUUAAGUUUUUCCCCACUUGGGCUGAAAACAGCGCCAACCUUCACUGCGAUUUGGUUAGGUUGUUAAUCAGUCGUAGGCACAUUUGGAGGACAAAACCGUACAACAGCCUUCGGAAAAAUGUAUUGUUCGGUCGAGAGCGCUGGAUCGUGAACAUCGGAAUACAGAAAGUCAUAUUUUACCCUGGUGACUUGAUUCACCGUUACAAGUUUCGCGCCUGCGAAAUCGACAUUAAAUAUGAGUGCCUGGAUAGUACAGAAAAGCUUGGAAUCGAGAUGAAAACUCCUAUCAACAUUAAGUACUGUCCGGACCUGGACCUGUUUAUACAACGGUGUUCAGACUGGAAGGCAACAUACCAACAAAGAAGACAGCAUACUGCCCAGCAACAUCAACCAGCUUACCCUGCGGACCACGGCUUGGACAUCAAAGUCACACUCGGGGACACAUUCCUUCGGGUGGGUAACGGAGAAAUUGGUUCGUGUGUGUUGGUGCACUUCAAUCAGCUUACCAUUGAGAAAAUCAACGGUGAAACAGAAUUGAACUUACUCGAAGUGACCGCACAAAUGACGACCGAGGGAGUCGAGUCUGAUCACAUACCACAACCGACCGAAAACAAAAACUUGCUAGUGGACAAGAUCAUCAUCAAGCACAAAGUUGAUUCGGCCGUUAACGGGAACAAAUCUAGUGUUAAAUCGAUCGUGAGCGCGGUGAUAAGGCAGAUCAAAUUGAAUCCCUGGAAUCAACCACGAGUAAACUCUCCGUCAGAAGUUACUGGCCAGAAUAAUAAGUUAAAUCAUUGCCAUCGUGAAGUAUUUUGCGUCUGUGAGAUCGACAUUAAAUAUGAGAGCCUGGAUAGUAAAGAAAAGCUUACAGUCGAGAUAAAAACUCCUAUCUGCAUUAAGUACUAUCCGGAGCUGCAGCAGUUUAUAGAGCGGUUUUCAGACUGGAAGGCAACAUACCAACGAGGAAGACAGCAUACUGCCCAGCAACAUCAACCAGCUAUCCCUGCGGACCACAGCUUGGACAUAAAAGUUACACUCCGGAAGAUAUUCCUUCGGGUAGGUAACGGCCAAAUUGGUUCGUGUGUGUUGGUGCACUUCAACCAGCUUACCGUUGAGAAAUCCAACGGUGAAACAGAAUUGAACUUACUCAAAGUGACCGCACAAAUGACGACCGAGGGAGUCGAGUCUGAUCACAUACCACAACCGACCGAAAACAAAAACUUGCUAGUGGACAAGAUCAUCAUCAGGCACAAAGUUGACAAGCCUAGUGUUAAAUCGAUCGUGAAGGCGGUGAUACGACAGAUCUCAUUUAAUCCCUGGGAUCAACCACGUGUAUUUUCUUCGUCACAUAUUCCCGACGUGGUUACUAGGAUAGAACAUAGUAGCCGAGGCGUUUUUUGUGCUUCCGGAAUCGACAUCACAUUUGAGAGACUGCAUAGUCACGGAAAGCUUACAGUUGAGGUGAAAACUCCAUUCUGCAUCAACUACUGUCUGGAGCUGGCUAAGUUUCUGAAGCAGUGUUCAAACUGGUGGGCACCUUACCAACGACGAAGGCAGAGAAUCGCCCUCCACACAAAUUAUCCUGUUGAUCCCGAUUUGGACAUAAAAAUAAUUAUUGGGAAGAUUUUCAUUCAUUGGGACAAUAGCAAAGCCAGUAGGCUUAUUUUGGCUAAAUUUGACGGUAACAAUCCUCCAGCGGCAGUUUGGAUACAGAAAAUGGUUUUGGUUAGUCUCGAGUCUACGCACACACCACCAACCGGCAAUGAAAAUUGGUUCAUGGAAAAGAUCACCAUCCAGCACAGAAAAGGUUAUUUAGAAAUUAACGCCAACGGCACAAACAUUACACUGACGAUGGAUGAUAACACAUACUUCAAGAUACUGAAGGCGCAUGUAACGCAUGUUCAAGCGUGCCUAAGCCAGUUCAUGCCGUCCUCAUCUUCGGGAAAACAAUUGCACGCAAGCAUCAAUUUGAACGGUACAACCAAAUGCAUGUUACAUAUUACACCCAAGAUUGAAAUAGUGACGACCAUGGUGAACAUCCAAAAAGCUGGACUGGUGUCCGUUUUUACGCGUAAAGUGUGGAUAUCGGUUGGUUGGUUCCCUACCCGAUAUUACAGUUCUCUCUACAUUGAAUCGGUUCAUGAUCUGAACUGGAAGGAUUAUUGUAAGGCAUGCUGGUUAUUUACUAUCAACGAUUCAGAACCUUUUAUGUGCAGCUUAUCUGAUAUUUGCAAAGAAAUAUUUGAUGGAAGUAAAGAUGUACUCAAAUGGUUUAUUAAAUUGUUUGAUAUAAUGGAUGGAAUGCCACCACCAAUUGCAGCGAUGUUACUACAUCAACCAUUGAUUGCAACACAUGUCAAUACAACAGUGAAUGUUGCCAAACAUGUCAACACAAGAGUGAAUGUUGCCAAAAAUGUCAACACAAGAGGAAAUGAGACGUCCAAAUCGUCAGUUAUCAGCAACAUUUUCAGCAAUUUUUUUAGCAUUUUUACCUCGUCUGAUGAAAAUCGCCACUACGUUAAUACAAAUAUGAAUUAUAAUUGAAAAAAAGAAAAAAAGAAAAAAUACAUGUAAAUAUGUGUGAGAGAGAAAGAGAUUUUUUAAAUCAAAUUAAUACAAAUUUUACAAUAAAAAAAAACGACAACAAAUCAACAUUAACAUCAUCAGGUGUCGGUGACACUGGAUGACAUCGCGAAUAAAUGUCGUCAAAAUAAACGACAGUUCAAAAGUUA